GGGAUCGAGUGGUAAGGUGACGUUUCCUAGGCUGAGUGGCGGCGCUGGUGCUCGCUGUGUUGUGAGUCGCAGCGGCAAGGGGCAGACGGGGUGAGAGAGAGGAGCGUGGCCCCCGCGGGCCCGGCCUGCCCUGCGGCCCCUCGGGCCCACCGCCUCCCGCGGGACCGCUCUGCGCCUGUGCUUCCUGAUUGUUGUGUGAGAUUUCUCUGAAGCCGCCAAGAUGGUGUUAGCAGACCUUGGAAGAAAAAUUACCUCAGCAUUGCGCUCGCUGAGCAAUGCUACAAUUAUCAAUGAAGAGGUUUUAAAUGCUAUGUUAAAAGAAGUAUGUACAGCACUACUGGAAGCUGAUGUUAACAUUAAAUUAGUGAAGCAGCUGAGAGAAAAUGUCAAGUCUGCUAUUGAUCUUGAAGAGAUGGCAUCUGGUCUUAACAAAAGGAAAAUGAUUCAGCAUGCUGUCUUUAAAGAACUUGUCAAGCUUGUAGAUCCAGGAGUCAAAGCUUGGACACCAACUAAAGGAAAACAGAACAUUAUAAUGUUUGUUGGGCUGCAGGGAAGUGGUAAAACCACAACAUGUUCAAAGUUAGCCUACUAUUACCAGAGGAAAGGUUGGAAGACAUGUUUGAUAUGUGCAGACACAUACAGAGCAGGUGCUUUUGACCAGCUAAAACAGAAUGCAACAAAAGCAAGAAUUCCAUUUUAUGGGAGUUACACAGAAAUGGAUCCUGUGAUUAUUGCCUCAGAAGGUGUUGAGAAAUUUAAGAAUGAAAACUUUGAGAUAAUCAUUGUUGAUACAAGUGGGCGCCACAAACAGGAAGAUUCUUUGUUUGAAGAAAUGUUACAAGUUGCCAAUGCUAUACAACCAGAUAACAUUGUUUACGUUAUGGAUGCCUCCAUUGGUCAAGCUUGUGAAGCUCAAGCAAAGGCUUUCAAAGAUAAAGUAGAUGUAGCCUCUGUUAUUGUGACAAAACUUGACGGCCAUGCAAAAGGAGGUGGCGCUCUCAGUGCAGUUGCAGCCACAAAAAGUCCUAUUAUUUUUAUUGGUACUGGAGAGCACAUAGAUGACUUUGAACCAUUCAAAACACAGCCUUUCAUCAGCAAACUCCUUGGCAUGGGUGAUAUUGAAGGAUUGAUAGAUAAAGUAAACGAAUUGAAGUUGGAUGAUAACGAGGCACUCAUAGAGAAGCUGAAACAUGGUCAGUUUACAUUGAGAGAUAUGUAUGAACAAUUCCAAAACAUCAUGAAAAUGGGACCCUUCAGUCAGAUCUUGGGUAUGAUCCCUGGUUUUGGAACAGAUUUUAUGAGUAAAGGCAAUGAACAGGAAUCAAUGGCAAGGCUAAAGAAAUUGAUGACUAUAAUGGACAGUAUGAAUGAUCAAGAACUAGAUAGUACGGAUGGUGCGAAGGUUUUCAGUAAACAACCAGGAAGAAUCCAAAGAGUAGCAAGAGGUUCCGGUGUUUCUACCAGAGAUGUUCAGGAGCUUUUGACACAGUACACAAAGUUUGCACAGAUGGUGAAAAAGAUGGGAGGCAUCAAGGGACUUUUUAAAGGAGGUGACAUGUCAAAGAAUGUAAAUCCAUCUCAAAUGGCAAAACUGAACCAACAGAUGGCAAAGAUGAUGGAUCCAAGAGUUCUUCAUCACAUGGUGUGUGACUUCCUUGGGGAAAAGAUUGCAUCCGUUUUGGGCAUAAGUACACCAAAAUACCAGUAUGCCAUUGAUGAGUACUACAGGAUGAAGAAGGAGGAGGAAGAGGAGGAGGAAGAAAACAAAAUGUCAGAAGAGGCAGAGAGACGAUAUCAAGAGCAGCAGAGCAAGCUACAAGAUGAGACCACUGUCCAGACAGACCAACCUGAGGCAACAGCAUGUAAUGCAUUUGUGAAUCUCAAUUUUGAAACUGAGGGAGAAGGCCAAUCUGUUGCAGAAAGUAAACAAGACUUAACUACUGUCCCUACUUAAAAUAUAAGGUUCUGCAUAACGCCAAUUUUUUUAAAUUGGCAGCAAAAGUGUGGGAAAAAUCUUGUACUUUUUUCAGUGGAAUGUAACUUAUUUAAAACUCUGGCCAGGAGAGAGCUAAAUAAUGUCUGUUCAGUCCACAACUAUUGAAUAAAGCCUAAGACACUGCCAAGCUGACAUUUCUGUUAAAAUAAAAAUUUUGGACAACAAAAAAAAUUAGUUGAGUAUAAAUUAAAUAUGCUAGACCUCAUCUUUUUCUGAACAGUGUAGGUAAAAAUGUCUCUAAUCUGGUGCCUGUCUGACAUUCGUGGAUUGAAGAUAGUGCUAUUUUAUACUUUUAAAAGCCUAUUUUGUAUUUAUAAAAUCCUUAUUGAAAAUUAGCUCUCUAUGAAUAGAUUGUCCGACUAAUUAGAACUGAUUUCCCAUAGUGGCUUCAUAAGGCACCUUAGUGACUUCCAAGUUCACAAUAAUGUCUUUAUUUAUUGUCACCAUUUUAUGUAUUUAUUAUUUAGACACGAGCUUUAACCUAAUGGUGUCUGAGUGCCUGUUGAAACAAUUUCCUCUUUUAAAAGGAGGUUGUAAGCUCUAUUUAGAACUUGCUCAGCUAAAGCUACAUCAAUUGUGGAGGUUAGCAGUGCUCAGACAACGAAUUCUGUUGUCUAGCAAAGAACAGUAUGAGCAUCAGCUCUGUGAAGCACAGUCUCACUCCAUUUAUGAGAGACACUUCUCCUAGCCAGUUAAAUAUAUAGUUUCCUAGGACCUUAUUAGAACCUAUUGAAGUAAAUUGAAAUCGGAUUCCUGGCCUUGAAUUAAACACUCCAAUUGUCAACAUUUUAAAGACAUAGGGUACCCAUCUAUAGCUAAAAGUGUGCUGUUUGACUGCUUGGUCUGCUCUAGAGCAUUUAUAUGAUGCGGUAGAGUCUCCAUAUUGUUACCUGAAUGGAAUAUUUGUGUAUAUCAUGCAAAAAUAUUGUAUUUGGGUGCAAGUGAGGAGUUCAGCUUUGCAGCUUUUCCCCCCUGAAGUAUUUAAAAAUGAACUAAAGAAAUACAGGCUAAAUUUCAGUAUUAGAAUCUCUCUUAAGGAAGCAAUUUCUGUUAGCUCUAAAGAACUAAUCAAAAUUACUUUGAAUUCAGUUGGAAUUUCUUUUAAAAUCUAUUUAACUGAAAUUAAGACUAAGCCUUCUGCUAAAAUGUUAGUUUGUUUCCAAUACAAAUAUACAGAUACUGUCUUACGCAGGGGAAGACGCUGCUCUUCUGCUCAGAGGCCAUUGUAAACCAGGCCCAAAUAAUGAUUAGAGGAAGAAGAGUUAACUAAAGUAAGCAGCAGCUCGCUCUCCUAACUUGAAAAAGAGAAAUAGUUUAUUUCAGGGCACUCAUACCUGAGCUCUCUAGGUAAGGAAGGAAGGAACUGGAGUAUUCCCCAAGUCUUGCAGUGCAGAAUGUUAGUAGGUAAAUACAAUAGUGUAUAGUUUCUUCACCACCAACAGACAUCAUGUGAGUAAUAAUUUAAAAUGAAAAUCUUACUAUCUUUAGGUGAAAUUUCUAAAGUUUAAGAAAACUUUAGAAAUCUUGAGUGAGAUCCUUGGGCGGUGCAGCCCACAAGGGGAAAAGUUACCACCUUAAGGGCUUUCUGAUUCUGGGUACUUGAGGGUACUGCCUGACCUAUGACAAUCCUCCUGGGCUGUGGCACUACCAAGAAUGCCUAUAGCACUCUGAGCAUGCCUUCAGUGCCCCCUACACUGCGACUUGUUUAGGAUCCAUUGCAGAGCUACAUAAGGUAGCUUUGUACUGUGCUUGUGAUGAGGGAAUUCUUCCUCUGCCAGGUAUGGGUUUUUUCUGGUCUCUUUAUAGUGCUUCAGCAGCUGUCUUAAUCAACUAUCCUCUUUGCUUUGAUGCUCUAUCUUUUGCCUCUUUCAGCUUCUGAUGAACAUCUGCAAGAGGUAGCUUGAGUCCAUUGUGAGUGAAACAAAGAGCACAUUGGUAAUAGAUGAACUACUUAGAGCCUACAUUGUCUAAAAUUGGUAUCUGUUCAGGGCAAAAGCCUAAAGUAACUUGUGAAUAAAAUCUUUAUUAAUGGAGAGAAGGAUGUUUAGCUUUUUCUGCCAGAAAUUUAUCAACUGUGACUGCACUAUUGUCUAUUUGCUUGUACUUUCUGUUGCAGUGAGCAAGGAAUGCUCGCUGUCCUGGUGUUAAAAUUCUUUGUAUAAAAUGUGUUACUCACUGUGCCUUAAUACUUAAUCCUUCCUUCAGUUUAUGCAAAAUGUAUGAAAGUGGUUACUUUAACAUUUGCUGUAAAUGCAUAAUAUUACUGGUUAUUUUAUAUUUAAUAUAAUUUUGAACUUUA